AUGGAGGUCCCCAAUUCUGGCUUCGCGCCUAGCUACGACGCACCAGGCUCAGGCCAAGCAUCGAUGGACCAGGGGACCCACGAGCCAACAGACCAGGAGCGUAGAGAUUCCAUCUUACAGGCGAGUCGUCGAAAAUCGAAACGCUCCAUGAACAAGCCUAAUGUCAGACUGCGGCAGGCCAAUAUCUCUGAUUCAAGUCAGUCUGGCCAAGCUGGGGACAAGAAGAGGAACAAGCUGGGCUAUCACCGGACCUCGGUAGCUUGUGACAAGCCCCAGAAGGAUCCCAACACUAUCAGCACCAUCAAGGAGGAGUUCUGCCCUCUGCCUGUCUCGAGCACUACAGCGUCUUCUCAGCCCUACGAUUUUGCGAAUCCCCAAAUCACGAACUGGGCAUCACCAGAUGUUAGUUCCAACUAUGCAACAAAGCCAGGUGACUUGAAGGAAACGAAGAAGUCUUACGCUGAACAGUCCCCGAUUACUCCGUCUCCGUCGUUCUCGCCGUAUACAUCUCAAGCCCCACCGUCGGCCAGCUGGAGCAACGCAGACAUCAAUGCUCAAAACAAUAUGGGCUAUUCGUCAUUCACAAUAGGGAACCCUAUGGCAUACCCAAGAGGCACACAGAUACCUACACAAUACCCCACGAUGUCACACCAGGGCCGGCAGUUCCCCAGAAGGUCUUCGGCGGCGAUGACGACCGACAUGUACACGAACCCGAUUGCGACAAGUUUCCCAACUAUGGACCCGCACACUGUUUCCAUGUCUGCAGGUGCCAACCCGCCUUCAGGUUACGGUACUUGGCCACAGCAACAGCAGCAGCAGCAGCCCCCCUACGGCUAUCCUAGGCCAUCCGAGGGAUACGACACUUGGACAGCUUAUGACAACAGUAGCGGAAGCUAG